AUGUCUUCGGUGUUGAAAAUGUUGGGAGACGUCGGUGAAAACAGGAAAAUCAAAACUUUUCCGAAACCCUUUUCCAUCGCGAUGACCCCAUACGGACGCACAGAUUUCGCGGAAGAAACGCGUAAAAUGUGCGUGCAAAAUAGGCACAGUCUGCUGACGAGUCUGAAGAUCUGCAAAGUUAUCAUUCUGGGCGACGUGUGCGUUGGAAAAACGUGUAUAGUCAAUAGAUUCUGCCAUCAAGUGUUCGAGUCCAAUUACAAAGCGACGAUCGGCGUCGAUUUCGAGGUGGAAAAGUUCGAAAUCCUCAACGUUCCAUACAACUUGCAAAUUUGGGAUACUGCAGGGCAGGAGAGAUUCAAAUGCAUAGCGCAGGCUUAUUACAGAUCGGCUCACGUUGUAAUCAUAGUCUUCGAUUUAACGAACGUAACGACUCUGUCCAACAGCAAGAUUUGGCUCAGAGAAGCCUUGGCCGCGAACAGCUUAAGACCAUACCUGUUUCUAGUUGGAACCAAAAAAGAUCUAAUGUCCAAAGCAAGUUAUAGAGUCGUCGAAUCUUAUGGGGCUAAAGUUGCGAACGAUAUGGGUGGUGAAUAUUGGGGAAUCUCUUCGAAAACCGGCGAAAACGUUGCGAAACUCUUCUUCCGCGUUGCCGCUUUAGCAUUCGAAGAUUCGAUUGCGAAAGAAGGCGAGAAAAUUGAAAAGACUUUCAUCAAUUCGGAUCUCGUCUCUUUCAAGAAGAAUCAAGAGAAGAAUGAUAAACAGGAUAGAAGCAUUUGCGGUGCCAAAUGCAAUUGA